AUGAAUAGUGUUUUUGCUUUAGCAUUUGUGGCUAUAAUAGCUUUUUGUGGCGGCCUGACGGCUCCUGCUUGCGUCUGCGAUACAAGAGAGUGCGAAAUUAUCAACGAGAUCGAUUGCCCUGGACUGGGGGUUGUUGUUUGGGAUCCUUGCAAAUGCUGUCAAGAAUGCGCAAAAACUGAAGGCGAGCCAUGUGGCGGGGACUUGGGCUUCAGUGGAACCUGUGAACCAGGACUUUCAUGUCAACAACCUGGACCAUCUCCUAGUGAAGGAACAUGCAGACCAAUCAUUUUUGACAACCAAGAG